AUGACAACUCUCUCCCUAUCGCUGGCCCCGCCAGCCUUGAUCAGGCUCCACGACGCCUUGACAUGUCUCUCCAAGUUCAGUGAGACGGUCGCCAUCGAGGCAGAGCACGACCUGCUCCGCUUGAGCGCAAUUAACUCCACCAAGACGGCGUACGCGGCGUUUGCGUUCGCCAGGGAGCUGUUCUUCGAGGCGUAUGCCUUCAGCACCGAUGGCAACAGUCGGGCUGCGCGUCAUCACCAGAGCACGACAAGUAGUGCGCCUUCGGAUCGGUUCUGCUGCCAGAUCUAUAUCAAGGCUCUGUUAUCCAUCUUCCGUGGUCGCAUCGACCGGAACAAAGACACCGCCGUGGAGCGCUGCGACAUGGAGAUCCGCGAAGGUCCGCAGCAGGCUGAGUGUCGGCUAACUGUUAGGAUGAUCUGCGGCCUGGGCGUGAUCAAAUCGUACAAGCUCACCUACGAGCCUGCAACCGUUCAGCAUGCCGUCUUCGAUCGCACAAAGGCUCUCAACCAGUGGACUGCGGACCCGCGGUUUUUGAGGUCGAUAAUCGACCACUUCAGCUUUUCAGCCGAGCAGCUGGAUAUGUACUCCGACUCGGGCAAGGCGGUGUUUACCAGUUUUACGACCAAGAUUACCGAGGGAAAAGAAGUCCUCAAACAUCCCGUCCACACCUCCGUGGCCAUCGACAAGAGGGACUUUGCCGACUUCCUCGUCGAGAACAAACUGCACGUAGCAAUCAACCUAAAAGAUUUCAAGGCCGUGGUCACCCACGCCGAGACGAUGAAUGCCACCGUCACAGCACGAUACACACGCCCCUGCAAGCCGCUCCAGCUGGCAUAUGAGUUCGAGGGUGUCGACGCACAAUUCACGCUAAUGACGCGUGGCGAAGCCGUCGAAGGAGGCGACGACGAUAUGCCGGCCUCCUCGCGCGCCUCGAUGCCACGGCAGCUGUCUGCACGGCCGACGCCCGGACCAGCUCUGACUCCAGCAGAGAGAGCCAGGCGAAAUCCGAAUCCCGCUCCGGAAAUGCCGCCUCCGCCAGCAGCGCGCAGUCGGUCGAUCCGCCCGCUGACGGGCUUGUCUACUCAGGAGAAUUUCGCGCAGAGAGCUAGUGUGGAGCAGCGACCGUCAGCAUCGUCCACGUCAAUGGACUUUGAUAGCUUGUUUGUACCGGCGGAUGAUGAUCGGCAGUGGGAUGAGAUGAAUGAGGAAGAAGAGCCGCAGGAUAUUCUGGGGUGGGAUGCCACGGGCCAGGUUUGUGGUUUUGCGCGCUGUUUUCCUUUUGUGUCCUUGCUGAUCAUCGCAUGCAGGAGACCUUCCAAGCUACGUUGCGCGAUGAGGAGCCUGAUUUUUCCAGACUGA